CCCCCAUCUGCCUUCCCCUUCGAUUCAUCUUAGGCAACUCCUCCACCUGUUUUUUUUAUACCAGAGGGCUGCACUGAACUAGGCAGAUCUGUUGCUAACGAGAGAAAAAAAAAUUCCCGGGCUUGCUUGCCAUCCAGUUAGUUGUUCCCACAGUUAAUGUGGGUUGUUUCUAGCUUGUGAUAGCUGUCGCGAUCGCCCACCAAGUUCUGGCUUACGCCACAUUUGUCCCCAACUCUUUUCAAUACGAAAACCUCGCACAGCCCAAAUCUCUGUUCUCUGCACAAGCCUGAAGCUCGACCCUCAACAAAGAGCGACAAAAGCGUGGAAGCCCGCUGAUCGGUUAUUUUCUUACUCGCCCCUCACGAUUGACCGGGCUUUAAUCCAACGCCUACCCUUUGAACCAAGAUAGCCUCGCAAAUACCCUAGGUACUACUUCAAUUCGUUUUCUUUUCAGGUGGAGCGCUAAAGCUGUGGCCGGGCCUCAGCCUGCCGACAACGGAACGAAAAACUUCACGAGGCUGUAGUUGUAUCAAGGACAACGGAGCAAACAAGAGGUUUGAGAUUUGGUUCUCUAAUCGCCGCCUGCCCUGCACCAGACCCAUCUCUCAUACUCUCUUCUUGCCUUCACUUUACAUUUUUCAUCUACCAAAACCUCGUUGCAACGGAGAAAGAAACAAGAAAAAUCUUCUUUUUCCCGUGACGACCUAACACAUCAUCACCGGCCAUUUCCACAUCAAAAUACUCUUCACUGCGUACCGGCACCUCUCCUGAACCAGCCCGGUCCCAAAAGACAAGAAGCCCGCUCGUCCGCCCGAAGCUACCUACGCACCACGGAGCACGCGGGAACGAGAAGUCCACAAGCGUUUGGUCUCCUGUUCUCUCUACUGAGCUCUCGCAUCCCGGUCACGAUCCUCACCUUCCUCGGCCCUACCGCGAACCUGAUUCUUCCCAGCGAUUGCUCGACCUUUGAGUCCAGUCAGAUCGAGCUACCCUCUCAGCCUCAAUCCGACCUGACCUGCACUACACCCACCCGCCAUUACACCCGUUCGUUUUCGAAGAAAACCCCAGGUGUAAAUAAGUCAGUCGCAUUUAAUCGAGUUAGUUAUUUAAAAUCACGAUUUUCGACCGACGUGUCGUGACAAGAAGGAUACACAAGAGAAGUUACAGAGAGACCUGAUAUCUAGUUGAAAAAUGUCGACCUCACCUACACCCAAGACCAAACGUCCCCUCGAGGACACCUCAUCGCCCUCAAGAGGCGAUCAACCAGACGCGAAACGACCUGCCCUUGAUAAGUUUGUUCGGAGCGAUGAGGAAGUUAAAGAAGAUGUCUCCAAGGAAGGCUCCAACGGUCUUCCCCCGAUUCCUGCUUCAGCCGGCGUACCACCAAUGCCCGACACCAACGGGUCUUCUGGAAAGACCAACGGCGACAAGGCAGAUAGCACAAAGGACGACUCAGGAGAUGCUGCCGCUGCCGAGACAGAGUCCAAGCCCGCUGCUAGCACCACAAGCGCAAACACUACCCAAGCAGCCGCCCCCCCUGCGGACUCGCACGACGAGAGCGCCUGGAUCCACAUUCGGGCUGUCAUAUCCAGCCCCGAGGCCGCUACGAUAAUUGGCAAGGGUGGUGAAAAUGUUUCCAAGAUUCGCCAGAUGUCAAGCGCCAAGUGCACCGUGAGCGAUUAUCAAAAGGGAGCUGUGGAGCGCAUUCUCACGGUCAGCGGAAUCGUUGAUGCUGUAGCAAAGGCGUUUGGUCUGAUCAUCCGGACACUGAACAACGAGCCUUUGUCCGAGCCCUCCAGUGCUCACUCCAAGACAUACCCAUUGCGUUUGCUCAUCCCUCACAUUUUGAUAGGAUCAAUUAUUGGAAAGGGUGGUGCGCGCAUCAAGGAGAUUCAAGAAGCGUCUGGUGCACGUCUGAACGCCUCGGACUCGUGCUUGCCUCUGUCCUCGGAACGUUCCCUGGUUGUUAUGGGCGUUGCAGAUGCUGUGCACAUUGCUACUUACUAUGUGGGCAGCACUCUCUUGGAGCAGCUCAAUGACAGGUUCGGUGGGCCCGCUGCUUCUGCGUAUGCGACUCGUGCCGGUGGUCCCGUCGGAGCCGUCCCUGGUGGCAUGCAAGUUGUGCCGUACCUCCCUCAGCCAGCUGGUGGCAACUACGGCAACCGCGACAACUAUGGGCGUCGGCCCGAUCCGCGCGCCGGCCAAAUGCCUCCGCCUGCCGCACACCCCUACGCGCCCCAGAACCCAUACGCCCCUCACCAACCGAACCCGGCGGUACCUCCUCACUAUGGAGCUCAGGCAGGUGCUUACGGAGCCCAUGUCCCAGCACCGCACGUAGGACAUGCCGGCCCACAAGUACAUGGCGCUCCUCAUCAACCGAUGCAUGGUCAGAUGCCAGGCCCCGGUGGCGCCAGCCUCACGCAGCAAAUUUACAUACCCAACGACAUGGUCGGUGCCAUCAUUGGUAAGGGUGGUCAGAAAAUCAACGAGAUUCGUCAAGUUAGCGGCAGUGUCAUCAAGAUCAACGAACCUCAGGACAACAGUAACGAGCGUUUGGUUACAAUUACGGGCACGGAGGAGUGCAACCGUAUGGCGUUGUACAUGCUCUACUCCCGGCUUGGUGAGUGUCAAAACCCAGCAUCGAGGCAACCGAAGCAAGAGCGAAAAACAUCGUAUCUAGGCCCAAGCGAAGGCCUCUCCGAACGGCUGUCUGUUACUGUUAACCCUGGAGUCAUCUCCGGACAUCGUAUUUAG